AGAGGUGUUUGUGGAGGGGAGUGGUCAGCAGCCAGAGAGACCUCACAAAGAUCUGCCAGCAAGGUAGACGAAGAGGGAUUGGAGGUUACGGUUUGUCGGCACGGAGUGCUUCUCUGUGCAUUAAAUAUGUACAGGGGUGAAAUUUUUGCCUAUCCCCUGUACCUUCAAGAAAACUUGGCCAGUAGGCAAGUCACUUUUUUUUUGUAUGGAUGUGACCUGCAAAUAUUGGCCCUACCUGCAAAGAGUUACAAAAAGCUGCCCAGAGCUCCGGCACCUCCUUAACAUGAGACCAUUCCUUUCGGUAUUUCAUGCCAAAGCCCAUUAUUUUAAAUGUGAGGUGAAAUGGAGCGGGUCGUAUCAGGAUGGGGCUGGACUAACACUAGGGGAGGAGGUGGAACAGUGCAAUGCCUUCCUCUCUAGGAUUGCAGUGACAACAAAACAUAUGUCAAAAGCAGGACGCACAGACAUGCUGACUCUCAUGGCCAUGCGAUGGAAUCAGCAAAAGUUCCGAAAUUUGGCAGUUUCACUGACUCGCCGAUAUCAGAAGACCAGAAAAGCUCUGCAAAGCCAGUUACAAAACCUAGAGUCCUUGAAAGCCCAAUUGGCAGUGACAGAGAGCCAACUGGAAGACUGGGUCAGUGAUGUAAAGGAGUGGGCAGGCGCAGCAAGAGUAACAACCACAAAUGAUGCUGAUGGCUUGGCCAGCAGAAUUGAGGUCCUGGUAGCGAGUAUCAAGAGACGUUCCCAUCGGCUCUACAAAGAUACCGAUGGGAACAAAGGUCGUGCCAGAAUCCGCCGCAAGAUCAGGGAGGAGAAGGGCAUCCUGACAUCUGUUGUGGAGAAAUACAACAGAAUGGUUCCAAGCACAGAAAGUCUUUGCAUGGAAACCAUUCUGUCUGGUGAGACAGCUUGGCCAUGGCAGCUACCACACAGUGACUCUGUCGAUCUAAGGACAAAAAGAAGAGCGUUUGACAUCAUCAUGUCAGUAAGAAGACUUGAGGAGGAGCUGAAGAUUCUUGUGGCAGAGAUGGACCACCACUGGAAAUCUCUUUCAACUCGUGCUGAUACCCUCAGAGAGCUGUCCCACAUGUUUGCCAGUGAGACAAUGAGAAGGACCCGGUAGCGCCCCCUGGAAGAGCCAAAAAAUGCACAUUUCAAAUGGCUGUAACUCAAAAUCUGGUAAGCAUAUCGAAGAGAAAAUUGGUAGAAAAACUAUUUAUGCUAUGUUUACUAAAUGAUGUUGAACAGAGAUUUCUGACAUGCAUGGAAAAGCGUUAUAAAAGCAUUUUAAAAAGUGCUCACAGUACAAUACCAAAUUUCAUUCUGACUCUCAAAUAUGUCAUAGAGGUUUAUACACUGAACAUAUUCUGAUGCCCCUUUGCUCAUUAAAGAUUGUAUUUAUUUAAUUUAAUUACUAAAUGUUUUUAAACUGCAUUACCCAUACGCCUCUGUAAUUCUAUCAAUGGAACGGAAAACAAUGGCGCA